CUGUCUGCUAAUCCCAAUUGAUUCAAUUGAACAAAGCGGAAACAGUGAUUGAUAUUCAUUUGCAAGAUCCUAUUUAUUUCAGGGAAGAGGGAAUACACUUUAAUCAGAUCAGCUGUCCUACGGCCAAAGAUUCUUUCAUUCGGCUUAAUUCUUUGUCUAAUUGUUCAGCUCGUUCCCGAUUCCGCCAAUAACAUGAACUGGACAGAUGUUAGAGACAAGCUGAGAAUUUGGCGAGAAGAGAAUGUUAGACAAAGCAGCGACGUAAUUGCAAUGUGGGAUUCAGUAUUUCAAGAUAAAAUACACAAACUUGGAGACGAACAGUAUGUAGCUUACGAGCAAGUGUUUGUAGCCGCUUUAGACUGUAACAGGAUUGAUGUAGCGAACGAGUGCCUUCACGCUCUCACAGCAGCUUUCCCAGACAGCCUCAGAAUCUACAAACUGCAGGUCAUGAAACUAGAAGCACAGGAGAGGUAUGAAGAAGCGUUGGAAUUGUUGCAGAAUAUAAUCAAGAAAGACAAAACAAAUGCUGCACCACGAAAACGACGUGUGGCUAUUUUAAAAGCUUGUGGCAAAAUUCCAGAAGCCAUCAAAGAACUUACAGAAUAUUUGAAGAAGUUCAUGGUUGACCAGGAGGCCUGGCAGGAGCUGUGUGAUCUGUACCUCAGUGAGCAAGAGUACGGCAGAGCUGCAUUCUGUAUGGAGGAGCUCAUACUGCACAACCCACACAGUCACUUGCUUCAUCAGAGGCUGGCAGAGAUUAAAUACACACAGGGAGGAUUUGAGAACAUGGAGAUUGCUCGAUCACACUAUUGCAUGGCCAUCAAGCUGAACCCCAACAACAUGAGGGCUUUGUAUGGACUAUUCCUGACCUCCACCAACAUUGCCAUGUCUCCAAAGACAACAUCUGUGAAGAAAAAGGAGGCUAACAAACUGGCGGCCUUUGCUAUGAAACAGAUAACUGAAAGAUACCAAGAAAAGUGUUCUGAAGAUGAUCAGGUUGCUGCUUUGGAGGGAUUAGUCACCUCUCUGCAAAUCACAUCUGCUUCAUAAUCUCCAAUCUCCGGACUGCUGCUUUAUAAGCUCCGGUCUGCAGCAACCCCAGGAUGAAACCGGUUUCAUCAUUCUUCAGUCUUGGAAUGUAACUGAUACAAUUUUUCAAUCCAUAUUCUGUAUUUUGCGAUCAAUAUUUGUUUGUGUUGGAAAUGUUUUGUUGAGUGUCAUUGUUUUUGCCAUACACUUUUUGAAGUUUAAUUUUUUUAUGUAUGUAGCCUAAUCAAAAAUAGUUACAGAAAGCAUUUUGUAAACGGCAUUUAUCUUAUGAAAAUUAAGCUAAGAGAUGACCAUUUUGCAUCUAUUAGGUUUAAUAGUUUUUUGUUCAAUAGUACAUUCCUAUUGCCAAUUAUUGUGGUUUUGUAAUUUUACUGUACUGUUUAUUUCAGUAUGCAUGUCUUUUUUGGUAAAAUUUAAUUGUUUGAGCUUAUCACUUUGUUACCUCUAAAAAUAAAAGUUAUGAAUUACGUACAUCACUUGAUUAAUAGCCAGAAAAACCUCAAAGUAAUUUGUGUAAUAAAUUUAAAAUUUAUAAACACUAUUGUUUAAUCAAAGCAUUAUGGAAAUGAAAAAUGUCUUUAUUUGAGAGGGGAAGUUAGGGCUAGCAAGUCCUCUCUGCCUCUUCACUUAUUAUGGUGUUGUUUUAUUUAUUGUAUGUUAUGAACAUAAACUGUGCACUUGUGACUAUGCAGUAUUAGUUAGUUUUUGAAAUUAUAUUUAUCAGGAUGGUUAGAAUAAAUACUAUAUCUGUUUGUUAUCACGUUUAA